AAACAGAGCGUACCUGGACCUCCUCCAGGACCUCCACUCCCCAGUGUUCAAGCAAAGCACAAAUAUCCAAACGCUCCCACUGCUCCUUUAUCAACGACGCACACUCGAAUUUGUCGGUGGCGUUGACGUAGAAUUUCCGGCCGGUUAACUACUCCCUCGUGAGUUUUCUCUGAUGAUUAUUUUCUCUUUCAAAAUUAGGUUCCCUUUGAUUUUAGUAAAUAACGAGAAGCUUGCACAGUAGCGCUCAAGUGCUGUGAAGUGCCUUGCAAUUGUUAGGGAGCUAGAAAGUCUGUUGAUUUCAAUCAGGGACUUGGUUUAGGGUUUAGUUUAUUAUCACAUUUGGCGUAAUUUGAGAUGGAGUCAAUAGUAGUGACAAAUACCCAAAUGUACUUCUCUUGUUUAGAGAGCAGUCCGUGUUCCACUUCCGCUUACUGUCUGAAACCUUCUUGUUCAUAUGGGAUUUCAAAUUCUCGGCGACCCAUUUUCGGUGUUGCUCUCAAGUCGAAGAAUUUGGAUAAGCUACGGAUUUAUUGUUUAAGAAGACCUCAUUUUCCAUCAAUGAAAUCAGCUUUGAAAGAAGAUUCUGAUAAGGGGUGUGUGGGUGGUACGGUUCUUGACAAGGAAUUGAACUUUAAGCCGUCUUUUGGGGAGUAUUUGAAGGCUAUGGAGACAAUUAGGAGUGUUAGGGAUAAGAGGCGAGCUAACAAAUCAGAUGGAAGUAAGUCAAAUGACAAACAGGCGGAAAGAGAUGUAGAUAGGGCACCCAUGUCAGGGAGGGAUGAAGAUGAUGUUAAACUGAAGAAGUUUGAGGGGUUUUUAAAGCAAGAAAAUGUGUUCAAAGAUUCUAAACAUGAUGAGCUGCUUGGUAUUGGUGAUGAAGUAACUACUCGAAAAGGAGAAUUUGGAUUGGGUCAGAAAGAUAGAGAAAUUGAGGAAUCAGACAAUGAAUUGGAAGUCAGGAAAAAUGGUUUGGAUGCAGGGUUGAAAAGGAGCCCCGGAAGAGAAUUCUCCUACAUGGGUAAGAGUUCACAGACUCGAAAGGCACAUGAAACUCGUGUUGUGCGAGACAGUGGUGAAAAUCUUGGUGGUUUUUUUGACAAAAAUGUGAAAUUUGAUUGUGAUGAAAAUACAUCAUGGGUGUUAGGGAAGAAAGGCAAUCUUGGUGGUUUUUUUGACAAAAAUGUGAAAUUUGAUCGUGAUGAAAAUACAUCAUGGGUGUCAGCGAAGAAAGGCAAAACCUUUGAGAGGGACAACAUUGGUCCAACUAGAAAUAAAAUCAGUAGGUUUUCUCAAAAUCACAUCCAGGUUGCUGACGAAGAAAUGGUGCAGAAAAGAGGAAGGUUUACCCGAAGCAGUCGAGGUUUCCUUCAAGAAGAUGAUGACAAGGAUGGCUCAGAGAUGAACAGAGUUGCUUUCAAAUUUUGUGGGGAACUCAAUGAUGUUUCAGAGAAGCCUUGUGUUUCACGAAGGGAAGCAGAGGAGAGAAUCCAGAAGCUUGCUAAAUCGUUAAAUGGUGCAGAUAUCAAUAUACCAGAAUGGAUGUUUUCAAAGAUGAUGCGAAGUGCAAAAAUCAGAUUUACCGAUCAUUCCAUAUUAAGGGUUAUCCAGAUAUUGGGUAAACAUGGAAAUUGGAGACGGGUGUUACAAGUCAUUGACUGGCUUCAAAUGCGUGAGCGGUACAAAUCAAACAAGCUCAGACAUGUUUACACAGCUGCACUUGAUGUGCUCGGAAAAUCAAGGAGACCUGUGGAAGCACUCAACGUAUUUCAUGCGAUGCAGCAACAUAUGUCCUCAUACCCCGAUGCUGUUGCUUAUCAUUCGAUUGCUAUCACUCUUGGACAAGCUGGCUAUAUUAAGGAACUUUUUGAUGUAAUUGAUAUCAUGCGGUCCCCUCCCAAGAAGAAGUUUAAAACAGGUGCAAUUGAGAACUGGAAUCCACAGGUGGAACCUGACAUAGUUGUCUACAAUGCGGUUCUAAAUGCUUGUGUUCAGCGGAAACAAUGGGAGGGAGCAUUUUGGGUUCUGCAGCAAUUGAAGCAACAAGGCCAACAGCCUUCUGCCACAACAUAUGGACUGGUUAUGGAGGUGAUGCUUGCAUGUGGCAAGUACAAUUUAGUUCAUGAUUUCUUCAGGAAACUGCGGAAGUCUUAUAUUCCAAAUGCUUUGGCGUAUAAAGUUCUUGUGAAUACUCUUUGGAGAGAGAAUAAAGUGGAUGAGGCUGUAGUGGCCGUUCAAGAUAUGGAAAGAAAAGGAAUUUUAGGUUCUGCUGCUCUUUAUUAUGACCUUGCUCGCUGUCUUUGUAGUGCUGGAAGGUGCAAAGAAGCACUAGUGCAGGUUGAGAAAAUAUGUAAGGUUGCUAGUAAACCUCUGGUUGUAACAUACACUGGCUUAAUCCAAGCUUGUCUGGAUGCUGGCAACAUUCAUGAUGGAGUAUACAUCUUCGACCAGAUGAAGGACUUUUGCUCCCCUAAUCUUGUCACUUGCAACAUACUGCUGAAAGCUUAUCUAGACCAAGGACUGUUUGAAGAAGCAAGGGAACUGUUCCAGAAGAUGUCAGAAGAAGAAAAUCAUAUUAACAAUAAAGCUGACUGCACGAUUGGAGUGAUUCCUGAUAGUUAUACAUUCAACACGAUGUUAGAUGCAAGCAUCAAAGAGAAGAGGUGGGAUGAAUUUGAGUAUGUUUAUAGAAGGAUGCUUGACCAUGGAUACCACUUUAAUGCAAAGCGCCAUCUUAGUAUGUUGUUGGACGCCUGUAGAGCUGGAAAGGAAGAACUACUGGAAACAACUUGGAAGCAUUUGACCCGGGCAGACCGUAUCCCACCCCCUGCUCUGGUAAAAGAAAGGUUUUGCAUGAAGCUUGAGAGAGAGGACUAUGUUUCUGCUAUUUCUUGUGUCACCAGUCAACCUGUGACCGAGUUGCAGGCGUUUUCCACAUCUGCGUGGUCACGUCUAUUCAAGGAUAAUGCAGAAAGGUUUGGAAAGCAUUCUUUUAUUCAAUUAAUAAAUGAGGUGAAUUCCUUCAAUGGUGGAAGUAGCUCAGCAAAUCUAGUGUUGCAGAAUUUACUAACAGCUUGUAGAAACUAUGUGAGAGCCAACAUGACACUAGCUGAAAUCAAAUUAACCACCUCCUUGUAGAAUGAAAUCUUUUUUUUUUUUUUUUCUCUAGGAUUGUACUAAGAACAUUUUACUUGUUCUUUUCCUGGUAUAGGAAACUAGUAAAUUAUUGAGGAGUUGUGCGCGUUUUGCCCAUUAAUCUCUUGUCUUCCAAAUCA